UCAUUUCACAUUGAAGAAGCCAACAGUCGGAUUGGCCAGAUCCAUCGUCAAGAGGACCACGGUAAGGAAGAACAGCGUCCGAAGACAGCCCUGCAGGCCACACAGCACAGACAAGCAACACACACAAAUCCACACAUCUAACAUCGAUGGAUCAUGCUCACCUCUGUCUUCUCGAUCCCGUUUUUUGUCCAGGUGGAGAACAGCUGCGCCUGUCUGUGUGUCGGCUUCUUCCUCGUCAGACCCACCUGCCUCACCACCGGCAGACUCUCAAACGGCGCCUUGAGACGCGGCGCCGACAGCAGCUGCUGCAACCCCUCUCGACCCUCGCUCGCCUGCGCCAAGAUGGCGUCCACGUCGAUGGCGUCGUAAUACCGCUCGUCCAGCACAAAGUCGAUCGACGAUUUCUUGGGCGCAGGGCGAACGUCGCUCCGCCGCCUCUCUUCUUGCUCGUCCUCUUCCUCGUCCGACGAAGGGGUCUCCUCCGGUUUGCUUGGCUGUAUGUGUAUUUCCGGCGGCGGGAGUGACUCGGUAAGUGACUCUCCGCGGAAUGAUGCGAGGUCUGAGAGGCUGGCGCGGCCGUCGGCGAGGCCGCAGUAGUGGUACAAGACGAAGUCAUCGAUCACAGGCAAAGGGGGCGUCAGCCUGAAAGUGACUCAGGUUAGAGGGUGUGUGGCGGUGUGUGGUCGACUCACUCACUCACUCAUUCACUCAUUCACUCAUUCAUUUGCUCUCCCUACCGGCUGAGGAUGCGGUUCAUUCUCCACCAGAGCAAUACGACGGCCACCGAUUGGAGCGGGCACAGGAGGGCGAGGAGAAAGGUGAACUGACUGCACGCACAAUCAGCCAACGAACACAGAGACACGUCUGUGGAUGUGUCCUGCCCCCUCGCAGAUCUAUCGUGCGGUCGUUUGGUCACCGUGAUGUCCUCAGAAAGCUGUUGAACGAGAGGACGAACCCAAACACAAUCGCUAUCACCGCCAACAUCGCCCAGAAGAGGACGGGCACACGGAUGCACGUCAGCAGCACGGCUGUGAGACGCCGCGAGAGGUACUCGCUGAAACAAAACCUGAGAUGUGCGCACACCAGGCAGACGACAGACAGAAUGUGACUUGCCGCGUGCACGAAUCUGCCUUGCGUACCUGUCAGGGUGCGGCACAGCGCUUUGGAAGGGGUUGCGGGUGUAGACGAAGCGAUGCCUGCGGGCCCAAUAUGUGAGCAUGAAGUUCGCCUCCCGCUUUUCACGCCAGCUCAUCCCAUGACGCCCGUCGCGCACUUGACCAGGUCGGUGGGCGCUGUGUCCUCAGCGCCCUUCCACCGACGCACCACCCGAGUCACAGCGUGAUGAAGGACAAACACGCACACCUGUUGUUCCCCACACAAUGAGAACACAGACACACUCACACACAGACACACACACACACACAAGUACUGCGGACCGCGUUCGGGUGUGCAUGUGUUGUGUUGGGUUUGUGUGUGUGCUUGCCACGUAUACGAGAACUCCGACAAAGAUGGUCUUGUGUACUUUUUCGCCCCAAUGCAGGAGCGUCGCGUGUUGGCUCACAUUCGGGCCCUCCCCAAAGGAUAUCUUCUCGCCUGCAGCAUCCCCCAACAUACGAAUGCCAGGCUGUCCAUACAUACAUGAGUGUGUCUUUUUUCCCACCUGUUACUGUCUCCAGGUCUCUUCUUAUUCUCCUUUCGUAGAAGUCGAACACGCCCAUGGCCACGACGCCCCUUAUGGCGAUGGAGACGAAACACAGGUUCGACACUUCUCGGAACACCACCCCCAUCAACUGCGCAAACCCCUUCUGUCUCUCAAAGCGGCUGGUGAGGCGCUCAAAGCCGAUGGACAGCAGCAGCAGCGUUGCAAACGCCCCACUUACCAUGGCAUAAUGCCUGCACACCGCGACAAAAACCCAGACAGGCGCAUAGAUCGGGAGGAUCAUGGCCGUUUCGGUUGUGUCGGUUGUGUCGGUUGUGUUUGUGUGCGGUACCUUUCGGCCAGCGGGUCAUUCAGCUCCUCGAUCUCCUCCUGUGUGAGUUCGCGGAGGUGGCGGCUGAUGAGAUUGGACUGAUCAUCGAAGUCUAUCGGCGGAGGCACCAGCGCCCGUCCCCCUUGGCCACUGUCGUACUGAGCUGCAUCGACACACGAACAUGCUGCAACAACGACCAACCACGCAAAGAACGUUGGACGCUUCAUGGCUGGUUGGCCGGGGGAACAGCUGAAGCGAACUGGCGCGCAGAAUGUGGGAAAAGGCCAGACGAGACGCCCCCAAGCUGCCCCCAAGUCUCAAGCCGCUGCAUGCAACCGGGAGGAAGGAGAGAGGAGAGAGGACGACAGGAUACCAGACACAAGCGAGCCACCCUGAUUUGUGUGUGUGUUUCAUGGCGUGACCGGUCUGCCCUCUCCAUAAGCAUGCUUGAGUACAAUGUGGCUCAUUCCCCCGAGUGAGCGAGAAGGUGUUGUGUUGUAUGCAUAUAUCCCUUUCCUUGCCCGACCAAACCGAUCAGGGCCACCAGCGCCUUCAGUGUCACCAUCUGACGGGGAAAGGAGAGAAAUCGUCCAUCGAUUUAUCCUGAACCACUGGCAUGGUUGCGCAUCACAUGAUUGUACGCGCGGGAUUCUGAACUUGAGCACCGACAGAUAUCGAUGGGCCUCGCCGCGAACGCGGCUCGACGAACGGUUACGAGGGGGGAGGGGCCCCCGAGGAAUGGGAGGCGAUCGGGAAGGGACACCAGGCAAAAUGUCGCACCGAAGUCG